AUGGUUGAAGGAAGUGAGUCAACAGAUAAUAGUAAUAACGAAAAUGUCGGUAAUAGUUGUAUAAAUGACAGUAAUAAUAACAGUAUUGUGGUUAAUAACAAUGAAAAUAAUAAUAAUAUAAAUUCGAGUCAAAAUCCUAUGAUAAAUAAUAAUAUUGAUAUAGAUUCAUCCGUUAAAGAUUUCAUGAAACCAAUUUCCAUAAAAAAUGAGGAUAACAACUUGAAGAACUCAGUUGAAUUGAAACCAGUGUAUAAACAACAUCAACAACAACAAAAACAAAAUCCAGAAACUUGUAAAAAUUGUCAUAAUAGAAUAUCAAAUAAUAAUAAUAAUCUUAAAAAUAAUACGAAUAAUGGAAAUAUGGGUUAUGAUUCAAGUUCAGAUAAUCAUACACCAUUUCUAAGUUUAGAUAUACGUCGUCGGUAUCGUGUUGCCAUCGUUCUCGGUUUGAUCCAAUCGUUUGGUUUGACGUUGCUGCUGGUUGCCGUCAUCAAAUGUUUCAUUGGCGGUCUCCGACCGAAUUUCUUGGUGCGUUGCAAACCGACACCGGAAUCGUUGGCACGCGCCACACCCGUCGGAUUCAACCAGCUCUACUACAGCAAAGAGGUUUGCACCGGUGACGAGGCCGAUAUUCUCGACGGAAUGGCUGCGUAUCCCUCGGGACAUGCCGGACUGGCUGCAUGCGGACUUGUCUUUCUGGCGCUCUUCUUGCAUGCCCGACUGAAAACCUUUAACAAUCGUGGUCAUCUCUUUAUCUAUGUAAUGAUCCUGAUGUGUAUAUGCGGUGCCGUCCUGGUGGGUGUUAGCAGAAUCGUCGACUACCGACAUACUUUUGGCAAUGUACUGCUGGGCUGGACGAUAGGAGUGAUCUGUUCACUCUCCACCUACCGACUAAACUAUCUCUCGCUGUUUGGACAUGAUAAUCAUAUAUCAGUCGCUCAUUAUUGGGUAUGGUAUUGGAAGCAAUAUUCCACCAACACCACCACCGAACCACAAUCAGUUAAAAUUGCACGUCACCUAAACGACUUUAAUUCAAAUAAACAAUCUUAUAGUAAUAGAAAUAGAUUUAAAAUGGAUGAAGCAGAUGGAAUCAUUUUGCUUACAUUAAGAGAUUUAGGAUGUGAAUUGGGUGAUGAAAUUACUAUUAAGGAUUUCGAUGCAGAAAUUGUAUAUAAAGCAUGUUUGGCAUAUUUGCGAGUUAUCAAUGAAGCUAAAGUGGCGAAUCUCACUGCAACUAUACCAAAGAAUAUGUCGGCGCGUGUCAACAGUUGUUCGGUACUGGCUGCCACCAUUCGUGAGACUGGCUAUCGUGCAGAGUUGAGUUAUCACAACCUGCUUUAUCCAAACAUCAACGAUGUACGUCGUAUCUUUGUGUUCCUCGGUCAGCAUCUACCAAAGAAGGAGGUGGUCGAAGGCGACUCCACCGCAUCACUCAAGGACUUGAUUUGCAACCACUUGGCAUCGUCCAUCAAAGAGUCGUGGAUGCCUUACUUUUGUCCAUUCACCAAGCGUAUUCCCGGUAACUACUCGACCGCGAAACUCUUCACAGUGGCGCCACUCAAGAUUCCGGCUCGUGGACGUCAACUCAAGCUAACACCGGGUCUCGAAGACUUUUACAUCAAACACCUACGUCCUAUCAACCAACAGCCUAAUCGUACCGACGACGUUGCACCCUCUGUCUUUGAGUACAAUCUCUCCAUCUAUGCCGAAGCACAAGAACGUGAAAAUGAAUGGAAUACAAAAGGUUCACAAUCUGGAUUGAAUCCAUUAGAAUAUAAAAAGAAUAAAUCAAAGACAAUAUUAUCAAAGAUGAAUGAUAGUAUUAGAUCGGCGAUGGUCGAUGGAUCCAGUGCAGAUUCAAGAAGAAAUAAUACAUUUGAUCAUGUGAUUGGUCAGUUUGGAAUGGGAUCGGCAGAUGAUGACUAUGGUCAAUUCGCAAGAAAGAAAGCUUUUACAAAUGAAGAGGUUGCUUCCGAGCCAAUCGAACCAAAGGCAAAGGAAACAGAGGAAGAGCGACAACAGAAACAACAGGAGGAAAUCGACCAGUUGCAAUCGGUACUCGAGGAGCUAGCCAAUCGUAUGGCAAACGCCACCUCUGAGAUGGACGAUUGGAUUCAGCAGAUUCGUCAGCUCGAAGCGCAGAUCAACGAAGAGGAUCGUAAGCGUGCCGAACUCGAAAAGGAAUACAAAGUCAAGAAGAAGACUUUCGGCUUGUUGGAGAACGCCGAGGAGAAUUUUGCCAAGCUGCAGGAACUCUGUCAGCAGACAUCGGCAAGCCUGAUCGAGAUGAGCGGCGAGUGGGAAAAGGUGAGACGUCCGAUCAUCGAGAAAUACCGUCAGCUGAAAGACGAGAAAGCCAACCAGAGCGACGAGGCGAAAUCAAAGGUCGAGCGUAUCAAGGAGAUUCGUGCGUUGAUCAAGAAGAUGAUUGCCGACAUUCGCGCCAAGGAGGAGUUGUUCACACAGCUGCAAGACACCUACAAAGCGAUGCCGAAAGACACCAAUCGUUCGAUGUACACUCGUCGUAUCAUCGAGAGUGUCAAGAACAUCAAGAAACAGAAGGAGGAUAUCGAUCGUAUCCUGCUGGAUACUCGCACUCUCCAGAAGGAGAUCAACACCAUCACCGAUACGGCGGUGCGUACAUUCGAUGCCGUCAAAGACAUGCUGUAUGCCGACGCCAAGAAAGAUCAGACCGCCAAGACUGCAAUCAAAUCGUUUGCCGUUAUCGACGAGAAGUUCCAAACGUUGCUCACGGCGAUCGACGAAACCGGUACCUACCAAAACAACAUCUUUACACUCACCUCCAAGAUCGAUUACAUCUCACAGAAAACCAAUACACUCAAUACCGAUCGUGUACUCAACGAUCUCAAGACAAUCAAAGCAGAGAAUCAGACAUUGAUUGCGCAAGUAAAAUCAAAGAUGGCUUCUGCAGGUUCCAACUAA